AUGAGUUCACCAGCAAAUAGAUCUUCAAUAUUUGGAUGGAUGCCGAAGAAACAUUUAUCUUCACCAAGUUCAGAAUCAAUAGAUAAUAAUAGUAAUAGUAAUAAUAUUAUUAAUAGUAAUAUUAAUAGUAAUAAUAAUAAUAAUCAUAAUAAUAGUAAUAAUAAUAAUAUUCAUAGUAAUAAUAAUAAUAAUAAUAAUAAUAAUAAUAAUAGUAAUAGUAUUAAUAAUAUUAAUAAUAUUAACAUUAAUAAUUUGAUAUCAAGAUCUCCAACUAAAUAUAAUCAAAAUUCAGAUUCAUUAAGUACUUCAUUUUCAAGAGUUCGUUCCAAUUCAAAUUCAUUAAUGCAAAAUAAUAUAAUUGGUGAAUAUUUUGGUAUCUCAUUAGAUGAUGCUUUAGAAAAAUCAAGUGCGAAAAUUUCAAUUUUAUCUAGUGAUGCUUCAGGUUCUGCUCAAUAUGGUGUCAUUCCAAUAAUUGUUGCAAAAUGUGGAGUUUAUUUAAAAAAAAAUGGUUUAACAGUUGAAGGAAUUUUCCGUGUAAAUGGAAGCGCAAAAAGGUUAAAGGAAUUACAAAUUAUCUUUGAUAGUGGGCCUAAUUUUGGCAAAAAAUUAAAUUGGGAUGGUUAUAAUGUUCAUGAUGCUGCUUCAAUUUUAAGAAGAUAUCUUAAUGCAUUACCUGAACCAUUAAUUUCAUUUGAAUUUUAUCAAGAUUUUAGAAAUGUUUUAAGUACAAGAGUAAUAAAUUAUUUAAAAUUUAAAACUGAAAAUGAAUUAAUACGUGAAAACAAUAAAAAAUUAAAUAAUGAAAUUUUAGUACAAUCAAUACCCAUAUCUCAAGAAGAAAUUGAAUCAAAAACUAAAAAAAAAUCAAGAAAUUAUAAAAAACUUACAAAUGAUGUUCAUUCAGCCAUUGAAAAAUAUAAAAAAUUGAUUGAUUUAUUACCAAUAUCAUCAAAACAAUUAUUAUUUUAUAUCCUUGAUUUAUUAGCAAUGGUUCAAAAUCAUUCAAAAGAAAAUUUAAUGAGUUCAAGAAAUCUUGCAGCUAUUUUUCAACCAAGUAUUUUAUCUCAUCCAAAUCAUGAUUUAGAACCUGAAGAAUAUGCUUUAAGUCAAUUGGUUGUAGAAUUUUUAAUAAGGUAUGCAUAUAAACUUCUUCCAAAACAAGAAGAAUCUAAACCUGAAAAUAAUACACUAAUAAAACCACAACUUCAUCAUUCUGAUAGUGAAACUACUAAUGAAGAUUUACUAGGUCAACAAAAUUUACAAGUUUCUCAAGCUCCAAUCCCUUUUGAUUCUGAUUUAGAAUUUUCUGAUGAAGCAAAUGAAAUUGGUUCAGGUUCAGGUUCUGAUAUAGAUAAUGAGUUUCAAACUUUAAAGAUAACGAAUGGUCAUGAUAGUAAUCCGAAUCCAAAUCCGAAACUAAUAGUAUCGACACCAUCAGAAGAUAUAUGA